AUGUCGGCGGUCACUAACUUGAAGAGCUCGCUAGGCAAGUACGUGCUAGCCUUCUUCCUUCCCGAGAACAACCUCAGCUCCUCCCAGAAAUGGGUGCUUGGGCUCAUCAACCUCUCGUCCGUGGUGGUGUUCUGGGUGAUGUCCAGCUUCUUGGUCAAUGCAUUGGUUGAGGAUGACAGCUACCGAAAACCGUUCUUCAUCACCUACGUCAACACAGGCUGCUUCUGCUUCUACCUCAUUCCCUACUUGAAGUACGAGAACCUCACAAUCGCCGAGUUCUUGCAGAGACUCCACCACGACUACAACAGCACCGUCCACCGCGAGGACGAGGAAGGCCUUGUCCACGACUACGGCUCCAGCUCCAACUUGGCUGGCAUCGACGGUACCAGCAUCUCCUCCACCGUCGACGAGCACGACGACGACGACGACAACAUCAACCUCUACGAGACCAUCUUGUUGUCGCUCCAGUUCAUUGCAUUGUGGUUUUCCGCCAACUUGGUCACCAACGCCUCGCUUUCCUACACCUCGGUGGCAUCGCAGACCAUUCUCUCGUCCACGUCGUCGUUCUUCACCUUGAUAAUCGGCUACCUCUACUCCGUGGAGCGCAUCAACCAGAACAAGAUCGUGGGCAUACUAUUGAGCUUUGCUGGGGUAUUGAUCGUCACCGAGAUCGACACCUCGUCCUCCACCAACCAGAACUCCAGCCUUAUGGUUCUCUGGGGCAACAUCUUGGCCCUUGCGGGUGCCAUGAUUUACGGCAUCUACACCAUCUUGUUGAAGUUCAAGAUCUCCAUCAAACACUCGCAGAAGGAGCGUAACCUCAACACUCACUUGUUCUUUGGCUUCGUGGGCAUCUUCUGCUUGGUGUUUUUGUGGCCCAUGUUGUUCAUCCUCCAUUUCACGGGCUACGAGACGUUUGAGCUUCCUCCAUCCCGACUGGUGCUCACACUCUUGCUCGUUAACGCCCUCAUCACCUUUGUUAGUGACUUCUGUUGGUGCAAGGCUGUUCUUUUGACCAGUCCGCUCACAGUGACUGUGGGGCUCUCCAUGACCAUUCCGUUGGCCAUGAUCGGAGACUGGGUGUUCAAAGGGUUUUUUAUCAAUUGGUGGUACUUAUUCGGGGCCCUGAUUGUCACCUUGGGGUUCUUCAUCAUCAACAAAGAUGAGAAGAGCGAUUUCGUGAGAGAGGAGAUAUAG